UUCGUUGUGUUCGGGUGGACAAGACUGUGGGAACGUCCUGUACGUUAGCCAAAGAUGGCCAUGGGAUAAUUUAUACAGAGCACAUGGACAUGCACAGUAGCCGGUAUCCUAUCGGAUCAAGGCUCGUUCGUCUUCCACACGUUGAUGGAAUUUGACGAGCCGGCUAGCGAGACACAAUUACACACUAUCAACCCGCGAACAAACUGCUACCGAGAGGAACGGUGCGUCUCGCACGGAAGGCCCUUUCUCACGUUUAUCAAGAAUGAAAAACAUUUAUUCUUGUAGGAUUCCCAAUGAGUUUUGGAAGUCGUGUUUCGUUGUGGAAUUUGCUUUCUUACACGUGCCAUAUCUGCAAAACGCCCGGCUGGGCUAUUUCUGGUAGCUACGGUGUCAGAAAUAUAUGUAUAUUUUUUUAACAGCAAGCUUGUUAGCGAUCAGUUUCACUGAUCACUUGGAUGUCAGUUGUCUUAAUUACGUAAAUUUCAUUAACUAGCUGGCUGGCCACAGGAAAGGCAGGACUUCGUUGUCAUGUUUUCAUGCUGUUGCGAAUCUUCGAACGUUAGACAGCUAACUACAGAGUAUUUUCUGCGUCGCCUUCUUCCUGGUCUCCCCCGUCAACACCUGUGAUUGCAACACGCUCCGUGGUUCCACUGUUUUUACAUCAUUAAUGAUGCGCCGUGCGAGUGGAACGCCAGAGCGAGCGAACCACCGCAGAUGGGCGUCACAGAUUUAGCCGGUACCUUUUACUUUUCCUUCUAAAGACGUCUUUUUUGCCGGGGGGAAUUUACAAGUUGAUGUUUCGCCAAGAAGUUAGUGUAUUAUCUUUCAUACCGUCUUGUUCGUACUUUUUCCAAUACGAGAACAGGAACAUGUCUCGAUACAACAUUUACAGUCUUUUAGACUGGGUAUACGGCGGCGUGGACCCGAAGUUCGAGGGGAACGGGGGCCCCGAAUGCGCGGCCUUCCUUACUCCAAAACAGCGGAUUGGAGAGAGCCUUGUCAUAACUCUGAUAUCCAUCAUAGAGAUUGCGCUGGCGGUAAGAAAAAUCAGUAGUUCCAAAGAGCUCAGAGAGACGUCUAAGAAGAGCGGAAAUACGAAGGAAGACAGUUUGGGAAAGAACCUGUUGCUUGUGGCUUUGUGCUUGACUUUUGGGGUGGAGGUCGGGUUCAAGUUUGCCACAAAGACAGUCAUCUAUCUGCUGAACCCCUGUCACGUUGUCACCAUGAUACAGAUCUUCCUGCUGGCCUGCCCACCAUGCAAAACGGUGCUGGUAAUCUUCCGGCUCCAGGUCCACAUGCUGAACGGCGCCCUGCUGGCUCUCCUAUUUCCUGUGGUCAACACCAGGCUGCUCCCCUUUGAAAAGGAGGUGUACUACAUCCAGCACUGCAUGCUGUACCUGGUGCCUAUCUACCUCUUCAGAAAAGGCGGGAUAUAUAAGCCGGAGCCUCUGGGGGAUAUGUGGUGGGCUGUGCUCUCCACUGGGAUCCUGUUCCUCUAUCACUUCACCUUCCUGCAGAUCCUUGGACUGGUGACAGAGGUGAACCUCAACAAUAUGCUGUGCCCGGCCGUGUCGGACCCCUUCUACGGGCCCUGGUACCGGCUGUGGGCCACCGGCCACCAGACCCUGCUGACGCUGGCGCACGGCAAGGCGCUGACCGCGCUCUUCCACUGCCCCGGCCCCACCUGCGCACACCUGCUGAGCAGACUCCACAGCAAGAAGAUAGACUGAGCGCGCCCCACCCCCGCUGCGCCCGGCAUCACGGCGCCCCCACUCCUCAUG